GAGUUAACCACCUCCACUAGAUGGCGGUAAGCACCACGACUGCAGUCUACCGUUUUAACCUCAGAGAAGAAGAAGAAGGAGGAGGAGAAGAAGGAGGAGCUUCCCGCGCUUUGCCUCCUCCCUAAAACAUUACAGCCUCCAUUUUGUUUGAUUUCUGCGGUCACCGUCGACAUUCUGCAAGGAAACUCCACCAGCAUUACCUUAAAGAUAACCUUCACUAACGUGCAGCAGCAACAAUGAGUGGAUGUCGUAUCUUCAUCGGCCGUCUGAGCCCGUCGGCCAGAGAGAAGGAUGUGGAGAGGUUCUUCAAGGGAUACGGCCGCAUCCGAGAUAUCGACCUCAAGAGGGGGUUUGGCUUUGUGGAGUUUGACGACCCCAGAGAUGCUGAAGAUGCUGUUUAUGAGCUUGAUGGCAAAGAGUUGUGCAAUGAAAGGGUGACCAUUGAGCACGCCCGCGUACGUCUGCGGGGCGGCCGUGGCAGAGGAGGCGGCAGUGCAGGAGGCCGUUUCUCUGAUCGUUAUGGCCGAGGCUCCCAGAAUAGUCGGAGCCGAAACCCUCCUCCGAUGCGCACUGAGAACCGCCUCAUCGUGGAGAACUUGUCCUCUCGUGUUAGCUGGCAGGACCUGAAAGAUUUCAUGAGACAAGCUGGAGAGGUGACUUUUGCAGACGCACAUCGCCCCAAGCUCAACGAAGGGGUUGUUGAGUUUGCCUCUUGCAGCGAUCUGAAAAACGCCAUGGAAAAACUGUCUGGAAAGGAAAUCAAUGGCAGGAAAAUCAAGCUCAUUGAAGCAGCCCGGAAGAGGUCGAGAAGUCGUUCCCGGUCUGAGAGCUCCUCUCGUUCACGGUCCCGUUCUCGCGGUCGCUCCCCAUCUCGCUCCCCCAGACGCUCCCGCAGCCCCGCCCACAAGGCCCACAACCGCUCCCGCUCCCUCAGCGGCUCCCCCGCCGGCGGUGCCUCCUCUCCAUCCGCCAAAUCGAAGGAGCCCGCUAAGCGGUCCUCCAAGACGAGCAAGUCUGCCACCCCGACUUCCCCUCCGCCGCCGAGAGAGCGAGAGAGAGAGAGAACCUCCGUUUCCCGUUCACGCUCUCGUUCACGCUCCCGCUCUCGCUCUCCUUCUACUGACAGCCAGCGCUAAACCGUCGCGUUUAAGUUUAAUGAGAAUCAACUGUAGUAAACGACCUGAUUCAGCAGGAUCUGGAGCUCCCAUGACCCCCUUCUGAAAGCCGAGACGAGAGCUUUCCUCCAGUAAAGUUUGUUUUUUCCUCUCUGGAUUGUCAUAAAUAUCCUUUCACAUUCAAAACACUGACUCAUCAGACAGGAACAGCGAUAUUCAGUCAAAUAUUUUAUCAUUAUAGGGCGUCUAAAUUAAAUAACCUAAACAGAAGACACUUGUUAUACAGUGAUGCUGUGUGUUUGUGUCUCCCUCAUAACCCAUAUGUAUGUUUACACCCAGUGACUCCUCACAUCCCAAAUUUAUUCAUCCAACUAGGCUGCAGGUCCUCUACUGCUGCACCAUCGUCUCUUCUCACAAAAGACCCAAGUGAACCGGCGUCAAGUUUCACUGUUAUCGGGUCUGUAAAGUUAGCAAUCUCUACACUCUGAAGGGGGAAUCUGUAUUUUUUGGCACUACUAGGAUGCUUUUGAUAAGUCGUGUGACCACUUUCUCUACUUUUUUUUGCGAUACUUUUUGCUUGUUUUUGCUCGUCGGUGGGAGAAUUUUUAAUCGAUUUACACGUUUUUGUCCUCGUCGCUCAUGUUUUCCAAGUCCCUUCGCCUCUUUUUUUCCUGUAUUUUUUGACCGACUGUAGCUGCCACAGCUGCCGUGUGCGUGAUAUCUAUACCUGAGGAUGCUUGCAUGUGCUUUUUGUUUGAUUAAAAAAAUUUGAAUCAUAUUAUUGGCAUUGACCGUAUCAAGAACACUGUACAAUUUUGUUCACAGCUGUACAGUAAAGUAACCGUUAAUGUCCUGGAUCUUAAACUUUUUUGUUGGGAGAUGUAAUUCUCCUCUGAGGAUAAGGUCAACACUUUAAUUUGAACACUUUAAAAUGAUGUUGCUUAAAUGAUGCAGUUUAUUCUAGCAUUGCGUUUUUAUUUUUCUAUAAUUUUUUUUGGUUUAGGGUUUUGUGUACAGCAUUGCAGACUUUUGUUUUACAUAAGUGUAUAAUGUAAUUCCAAGAAUGCUUGUUGGUACUGUGACUGAUGUUACUGUGGUUUAAAUGAACGUGUAGACAAGAGUUUGACAACAAAAAAAAAAAAUGCAACAUUUUUGUACGUAAGGGUUUUAUUUUCAGUGAAAAAAUAUGAUGGACGUUUGUAUGGUGUUUGGAAGACGGUGGACUUCAACAAUAAAACAAUUUUAACUAAAUCAUGAA